AUGCACACUAUCUUGAGCCAGCCUCCCCCCGCCCUCCUGCCACGUCCACCCACUCAGACCCUGUCCUCACCCAACUUUUGUGCUGUUUUGUUCUGGCAAGCAUUGUUUAUUAGAGGAAGCGCAUGUCAUCGUAACAGUGCACAACAACUACAGGGAGUCAACUCCAACUCUAAUAACGACAAUCACAAAUCUGGUGGGUCAGUCAACUCUAAUAACGACAAUCACAAAUCUGGUGGGUCAGUCAACUCUAAUAACGACAAUCACAAAUCUGGUGGGUCAGUCAACUCUAAAAACGACAAUCACAAAUCUGGUGGGUCAGUCAACUCUAAUAACGACAAUCACAAAUCUGGUGGGUCAGUCAACUCUAAUAACGACAAUCACAAAUCUGGUGGGUCAGUCAACUCCAACUCUAAUAACGACAAUCACAAAUCUGGUGGGUCAGUCAACUCUAACGACAAUCAUAAAUCUGGUGGGUCAGUCAACUCUAAUAACGACAAUCACAAAUCUGGUGGGUCAGUCAACUCUAAUAACGACAAUCACAAAUCUGGUGGGUCAGUCAACUCUAACGACAAUCACAAAUCUGGUGGGUCAGUCAACUCUAACGACAAUCACAAAUCUGGUGGGUCAGUGAACUCUAAUAACGACAAUCACAAAACUGGUGGGUCAGUCCAAUCUAAUAACGACAAUCACAAAUCUGGUGGGUCAGUCAACUCUAAUAACGACAAUCACAAAUCUGGUGGGUCAGUCAAAUCUAAUAACGACAAUCACAAAUCUGGUGGGUCAGUCAACUCUAAUAACGACAAUCACAAAUCUGGUGGGUCAGUCAACUCUAAUAACGACAAUCACAAAUCUGGUGGGUCAGUCAACUCUAACGACAAUCACAAAUCUGGUGGCUCAGUCAACUCUAACGACAAUCACAUAUCUGGUGGGUCAGUCAACUCUAAUAACGACAAUCACAAAUCUGGUGGGUCGGUCCUCGACAGAGAGUCACACCCGUACGUUAUUUUCAACAGACAUGGGGCUAAGGGACAAGAAGGUCACGUCUGGGAGGGUCCAAGAUGGCUUUCGGCGAGUAGAAAAGUGCGCCGCGGGAAAAGAGAAAGUAGAAACAAACGAGCACCUCGAGACACUAUUUAG